UACGUCAAAUAAUCUUUUGAUAUUUCUUGCAUGUUUGCAAUAAAGUGAUCUUUAUAAAAUCUGCUGCGAACAUUUAAUUUGAUAAUAAAAUUACUGCAUGGACCAUGAGUUCGGGUUUUGUGACAGAAUCUGAAGCGGUAGAAGCACGCAAACGACGCCAAGAGGAAUGGGAAAAAGUUCGCACGCCAGACCAGCCUUUGGAACGUCCUGAGGAACCAUAUGACGGGCGUUCACUUUUCGAGCGCUUAAAGGAACAGAAAAUGAAAAAAGACUUGGAAUAUGAGGAAGCUCACAAAUUAAAAAACUUAAUACGUGGUCUAGAUGACGAUGAAGUACAGUUCCUUGAGUUAGUCGACCAAAACAAAAUUGAUGCUGAAAAGAAACAAAUUCAAGAAGAACGAAAGGAACUGCAAGAAUUCCGAGACCGUGUAGCAACGUUACAGGAGGAAACUGCUGAUAAAAAACUUCAGUCGGAAAUUAAAACCGGAAAGCUUGCGAAACUGUCAACAACUACAACUGCCGCAAGACCUUCGCAAAAGUCUUUACUUGGUCUUGGUAUUAAGCGAAAAAAUGGUGAAAUCGCUGGUUCUUCAAAUGCAAAAAUAGGCAAAGAUUCAACUACAACCAACACUACUAAACUUAGCACAUUAACAAGCAUUAAUACAGAUAAAUUUGACAAAGGACAGCUAAAGUGUGUCGCGAUAUUACCAGGCAUUGGACCCUACACUGAGUCCAGUGAUUCUGAACUAAGUAGUGGCAGCGAAGAAGAGCCGGAAAAUGACAUUAGUGCCAAGUACGAUUUGAUGGGACGUAAAAAGCAAAAGAAGAAGAAUUGCCAAGAUGAUGAUUGAUUACAAUAUUUUAGACUUAAGUAGUAAGAGUAUCUUUAAUCUGGUUUAUAUGAUCAAUUGCGUUAUACAUACUUGUGCAAAUUCUAUACCCACUACAAAUUUAUAUUUGCCGUUAUAACAUAUUUAAUGAAUCCACACAUAAA